AUGGCACCCAACGGUCACUGCCCACGCCCUAACCCUAGUCUCUGCCUACCAACAUGUCCCAAUCGAAUCCACCGAUCCCACCGAGCUCACCACUGCAACCAUCGGCCUCCCUCUACCACAAACUCGCUCCAUCACACUCCCGCUUGCACUCGAAUUUCCCCGACAGACCUCUCUCUCCUUCAACGUACCCCUCAUUCCACCACGGCAAGCCCCCAAACCUCAUCACCGCAAAUACCCAUCAAAACUUCUCAAAAUCCCCCGCAAGAACCCCCCACUACCACCCCAGCCUCGUAUCCCCAAAACUACACGUCAACUCCCGCCCUGGCACCCCGACCUCCCGACCCAGAAAACGCAACAACUCCCCGGCUGCGCCAGCUCCGAAGCUCCAAUGUCCGAGCAGCAACUCCGACGCGCGCUCCAGAGGAAGCCACAACGGUGCGGAAGACUUCCCUCCCACGAAUGGCUCAAAAACGCGCGCAGGCUCUCGCUGUUCACAGGCGCCUCGAUCCAGCCCUGGUACCAGGCUCAGUAUCCACCCCACCUUUUCCCUUUUUGAGCUCGGAGGAAAAGGAAGGAAGGGGAAGGGAGAAAGCGGUUGCCCGAGGGGGGGCGAAGGGCGGGAGCGGGAGGGGAGGGGGAGUGAGUGAAUGA